CUCGCCCGGGCUCAGUGUCCGUCCGCUGCCGCUGCCCCGGGAACAUGGAGCCGCCGGACGCGCGCGCUCGGCUGCUGUGGCUCGCGCUCCUGCUGGCGGGGCACCCAGGUGCCCAGGCUGAGGUACGCGUUUCGGUGCCCCCGCUGGUGGAAGUGAUGCGAGGAGAGCUGAUCACCUUGGACUGCUCCCCUCUGGAGACACCUGAGCACUUUCUGCUGGAGUGGUUCCUUAUUGAUGCCUCUGGGAAACGUCACCUCUUGGCCUCGGCGGAGAAGCAGGGCUCAGAGCUCCAGAGCACCGUGCAUGACCCUCGGGGCCGCAGACCCCCGUACAAGCUGGACUCCCAUGGCCGCCUGGGGCUACCCGAUGCCCAGGUGGGCGAUGCCCGGGACUAUGUGUGUGUGGUGAAAGCCGGGGCAGCAGGCACCUCGGAAGCCACAGCACGGGUCCACGUGUUCGCAAAACCAGAACCCACCGAAGUGACUCCCAACAAAGGAACGCUGUCUGUGAUGGAAGAAUCCCCCCAGGAGAUUGCCACCUGCAGCAGCCGCAAUGGGAACCCAGUCCCUCAGAUCACAUGGUAUCGGAACGGGCAGCGUCUGGAGGUUCCCACGGAGAUGAACCCAGAUGGCUACAUGACCAGCCGCACCGUCCGGGAGGCCUCAGGCCUCCAUUCGCUCACCAGCACCCUCUACCUGCGGCUCCACAAGGCCGAUCGGGAGGCGACCUAUCACUGUGCGGCUCACUACAGCCAGCCCUCGGGCCAGCACGGGCGCCUGGACAGCCCUGCCUUCCACCUCACCCUGCACUAUCCCACGGAGCACGUGCAGUUUUGGGUGGGCAGCCCUUCCACCACAGAGGGCUGGGUGCGUGAAGGUGAUGCUGUCCAGCUGCUCUGCCGGGGUGACGGGAGCCCCAGCCCAGAGUACACAUUCUUUCGCCUCCAGGAUGGGAAGGAGGCCGUGCUGAACGUGAAUCUGGAGGGGAACUUGACUCUGGAGGGCGUGCGUCGGGGCCAGAGCGGCACCUACGGCUGCAGAGUGGAAGACUAUGAUGCCGCCGAAGACGUGCAGCUGGACCAGACCCUGGAGCUGCGUGUCGCCUACCUAGACCCCCUGGAGUUGAGCGCCAGUGAGAAGCUCCUCGUGUUCCUGAACAGCAGCCGCACGGUCGUGAACUGCUCUGCAAGAGGCCUGCCGGCUCCCACCGUGCGCUGGACCAAGGACUCAGUGCCCUUGGAGGAUGGCCCGGUGCUCUCACUGGGGUCUGUUACCUUCGACUCGGCCGGCACGUACACAUGCGAAGCCUCCACUCCCACGGUGCCCCUCCUGAGCCGCACCGAAAGCUUCCAGCUAAUGGUCCAAGGAUCACCAGAGUUAAGCCCACAAGAGAUGGAACCCAGAGCAGGGGACACCUGGACAGAAGGAGACGAAGUCAGACUGGUUUGUUCUGCCCGAGGCUAUCCAGAACCUAAACUCACCUGGAGCCAGGGAGCCGGCACCCCCGCAGAACCGCCCUCCGAAGGCAAAGGAUGGAUCAGCAGCUCGCUGACCGUGAAAGUGACCAGCACCCUGGCCCGCGAGGGCGUGUCCUGCGAGGCCUCCAACAUCUAUGGGAAGAUCGGGCACGCCUUCCACUUUGGCGCCGUGGCCCCCCAGACCGCCCAGGCUGGCGUGGCCGUCAUGGCCGUGGCUGUCAGUGUGGGUCUCUUGCUGCUCGUGGUGGCCGCUUUCUACUGCAUGAGACGCAAGGGACGUCCUGGAUGCUGCGGGCGUGCGGAGAAGGCGGCCCCGCCGCCCGGAGAGCCCGAGCUCAGCCAGUCUGGCUCCGAGCAGCCCGAGCAGACAGGCCUUCUCAUGGGGGGACCCUCUGGGGGUGCCCGGAGUGGCAGCAGGGGCUUUGGAGAUGAGUGCUGAGCCCCGUGACCUCCCGGGGACAUUCGCUGGACCUGGAGCUACUACAGGCAUCCGAAGCCUGCCUUUGCGCGCACGCCUCCACCUCCUUCCUUCUGCAGCCUCGGCCCACCCUUCCUUCCUCUGCCUGUUGGGCAGGUCUCCGGGAGGGAAGGACAGAGAAUGCGGGUUGGGAGGGAGGGGGGGCCCUUUCUCCAGGGAGUAUGACUCUCCCAGGCCCCAGAAUAGCUCCUGGACUGAAGCCCAGGGCCCCGGGGCCGGGGAUGAGGCACUGAGGGGUCGGCGGGCCGGGGCUAUUUUUACCUCCUGUCUCCCUUGCUGGUCCCCCCCUACCUGACGCCCUGCUGCGUAGUCUUGACACUGGAUCCCCCCUCCCUGCCCUCCCCCACCU